GGUUUGACAAUCGUUCUCAUCGUAGCCGCGGCUCUCUCAAUUUUAGCAAUGUGUACACCAAACCUGUUGCGGACAAGCUUGAAGAGUUCAGGACAGCUACAACUACUUACAUUGUAAUUCCGUUAGACAACAACACGUUUAAGGUCGCAGAAGAAGCAUCAGAAGAUGAUGAUGAUGAAUGGAUCGUCCAGUUGAACGGGGACUGUAGCUGCUGCACAUGUGGGGAUUUUCAAAGCCACAAGUUCCCAUGCCUGCACCCUCUAGCUGUAUGCAAGCAGCUGAAAAUCAACCCUUUGCAGUAUGUAGACAACUGUUACACUUUUGACCGGAAUUACAAAACUUAUGCCGCCACUUUCUCUCCUGUUCCGGAGUUAUCAGCUUGGCCGGAAGCUUCUGGAGUUCCUAGAUUGUUUCCACCGGUCAUUCCGAAGCUACCUCCACCGUCGCCACCAUCUUCAUCUUCAUCUAACGAAUCAGGUAAGACCACUCCUAAAAUUAAUACUCCCUUCGAUUCAGUUUAAUUGUCACUGCAUAGUAAAAUUUUUGUUUCAAAAUAAAUGUUGUUUUAUAAUUUCAAUGCAAAAUUUAUUGAUUUUAUGUUCUAAUUUAUUUUUAUAUUGUUUGAAAUGUGAUUAGGUGUAUUGGUAACGAUGUUUUUAUUUAGUAAAUAUACAAAAUUAAAUGUUUUUUUUAAUAUUUAUGUUCAAAUCUAAAACGACAACUAAAAUGAAACAGUGGAAAUAACAUGAAGAGCUGAUAAGUUAGAGAGGUUUGAGCCUAACAUAACCGGGCAUUUUGGUGUGUUUAUGUAGUAGAUUCUGACUCUGGGUAUGAACCAUCUACAGAUGAUGAAAGCGCUGAAGAAGGAGGCAAGCUCAUCUUCUUCGGGGAAAAGAACCAUUUGUUUGAUUUUAAUGAUGUGAUAAGAGGAUCUGCAGUGGUGUUGGGUAAAGGUGCUUUUGGUACAACCUUGGAGGUAACAAUAGAAGACACGAGCACCAGCACCAUCACCAUCACCACGGUGGUAGUGAAGGUACUGACGGAGGUUGUGGUGGGAAGAAGAGAGUUUGAGCAACAAUUGGAGAUCAUUGGCAAGAUUAGACAUGACAAUUUAGCUGAGCUAGAGGCUUACUGCUACUCCAAAGACGAGAAACUCGCUAUUUAUAGCUACAACAGACAAGGAAGCCUCUUCAAGAUGCUGCAUGGUUAGCCACUGUUGCACUUAACUAAAUCACGAGUACACAAACAAAAUGUUAGUUAGUUUUGUAUUUUUAUUUUUUUUUUGCAGGAAAGAGAGGAAUGAAUGAUCGAGUACGUUUAGAUUGGGAGUCUAGACUGAGAAUAGCAACUGGUGCAGCGAGAGGUUUGGCUAAAAUACAUGAAGCGAACGACGGGACGUUCAACUACGGGAACAUCAAAUCCUCAAACAUCUUCUUAAACUCACGAAGCUACGGCUGCAUUGGCGAUACUGGCUUAGCAACCAUCAUGAAAUCUCUUCCUCAAACCACUUGUCUUGCUUCAGGUUACCACGCACCUGAAGUAACAGACACUAGAAGAAGCACGCAGUGUUCAGAUGUAUACAGCUUUGGGGUGGUUUUACUGGAGCUUUUGACAGGGAAAUCGCCGGCAGGUGAGGAUAUGGAUUUGGUCAGCUGGAUCUGGACGGUGGCGAAAAAAGAGUGUAGAGGGGAAGUAUUGAACAUGGAGCUUUUGAGUGAAUUGGGUGGUUCCGAGGAAGAGAUGGUAAGGAUGAUGCAAAUAGGGUUGGCUUGUGUUGCAGUGGAGCCAGAAGAACGACCUCAUAUAGCUCAAGUUGUGAAAAUGGUUGAAGAUAUUCGAUCAACUGAUGCCGCAGAGUGAAAAUAACAGUAAGGAAGACCUUUGGAGUUUUGAGAGAUUUUGCUUUUUCUCUUACUGCAUUUUCAACUAUUCUUAUGAGUAGAGGUUGGAGCAGACAUCGUUAAAAAGGGACCGAGUAAUGCUGGUGUGGAUGGAAGCGUUGUGAGCGAGAAGGUAACAACAACAUAACAUUCCAAAACGAGCAAGGAUUACUCUACUAGCUUGCAUAACAAAUUAUGUAAUAAUGUAAUGGCUUUUU